AACUCCCCCUUAUCAGUGUGCAAGACUAUUUUUCUUGGACGAAAGGCUAAAAUCGAGAAUGCGAAAGUUUGAUUGAGACUGCAACACUAUUUCUUAUGUUCUCUCAAAUUCCAAAAAUGUCAAGCGCCAUUGAUUUCACUCUCAAGAACCUUCCAGGGUUUAGUUCCCCAGAAGGCAGAUGUCUUCCCUGCUCAGGACUGUCAGGGAGGACAGUCACUUCUCAUGGUGAAUAUCAGCAAUUUUCCAAGGUCAAGAUUUUAAACUUGAAAUCUCCUUACAAAAGCACAUCUUAUAUGUGUAAUGCUAGUAGCUUCAGCAAUCAUAAAAGAAAUCCAGAUUUUUCGAGGCAAAACAAGCAUGGGUUCUCCAGGGGGCGGAACAGGCAAAAUGAAGACAGAGAUGGUUAUGACAAUAUAGAAGAAUCUGAAAUGCUAUCUUCAAGAAAUGGGCCACUGCUUACUACAUCAAACACUUCGAAGUUCCAAGCUACAGCCACUCCAGGUCCAAGGGAAAAGGAGAUUGUUGAACUAUUUAGAAAGGUCCAGGCUCAGCUUCGGGAAAAAGCUGCAAUCAAGGAGGAGAAAAAGUCUGAAGAGUUGCAAGGAAAGGGUAAAGAGAGUGAAACUGUUGAUUCCCUUCUCAAGCUUUUAAGGAAACACUCAGUUCAGAAAGGGAAGAAAACCAGUAGCAGUAGAAGUAGCAACUUUGUCCUUGACCAGCCAGAUAAGAGCAAUGUAUUCUCUGAAAAGAGAGCUAGCAAUCUCACUGAACUAAAUAGCAAUGUGAACCAUGUGGCACAAGAAAGUGGCACCCCAUUUGUUAACCGACCUAAGUCAAACUUCCAGCGUAGAUCUCCAGUUCCGCGAAUCAAAUUUCAGCCUAUUUAUCAUGAGGGAGGUACUGAUUACCCUGCUGCCUCUUCUGCUCCAGAUAAGAUGGAAGAAGACAUACAUCUGGAUGCUGAACUUGGGCAAAUUCCCAGAAGUAAGGUUGAUUCUGACACUCUGCCUAUUUUCUCAGAUAAGCAUGUGUUUGAUGAAAUGGCUGAUGAUGAUACUGCCAAAAUGUAUGAAAGUGUUGAUGCUAGUGAUGAUGAAGAACACAAUCAAGUUGGACAUGAUGAAUUAGCUGAAAUGAAGCUAACAGAACUGCGAGCAAUUGCAAAGUCCCGUGGUUUGAGGGGAUACUCAAAACUGAAAAAGCUAGAGCUCAUUGAGUUGCUUAGUGCUGAUCAAGUCUGAUAUGGUUUGCAAGUAAAAUGAAGAGAUGAUGUAGAAUUUUGUUGCACAUUCUUUCGUUUGUGUUUUGCAUAAUGUUCAACUUACAUAGUACUUUUCUCCGGAUGGCGGUUUCUGUGGUCGAAUUGGACAAUUUUGUUUACUUCA